AUGACGGAUCCCUUGAAGACCUUCGAUACCGCAUCUCCCUCGAAAUCCUCCAAUCCACCUUCCGUUUCCCAGAAGAAAUACCCAAUUGCUGGAAUUCUCACCACGGUCUUCGGCCUCGAUGAAAUCCCAUCUCAGGCUUCCGAGAUUGCUUGUCUUUGGCUCCUGCACCCAAGGUUGGCGACGCAGGAGCGAAUGACGGGUUUCGCAACGUCUGUCAUUGCGGACUGGAAUAACAGGAUCAAAGACGGUCGUGCCGGUCCGAUCAAGGGUCUGAUUGCUGUCUCAUUCGAUCAAAGGAACCAUGGCACACGAUUGGUGGAUCCUCUCGCCAAUGAGGCAUGGAGAGAUGGGAACCCUCGACAUGCGCAGGAUAUGUUUUCUAUUUUCCAGGGAACCGCGCGCGACGUGUCAUUACUGAUGGACUAUCUUCCGGCCUAUGUGUUUCCCCAAGGCGAACGCAGGAUCUCCAAACAUAUGGUGUUGGGGGUAUCCCUGGGGGGCCAUGCAGCGUGGAGCUGUCUCCUCCAUGAACCCCGCGUGAGCGCCGGCGUGGUCAUCAUCGGCUGUCCGGACUAUGUAAAUCUUAUGGUAGAUCGUGCGCGAUUGUCGAAGCUGCCAUCCUGGACAAACAGCGACCCCCCAGGGUCUCGGAUUCUAGGCUCUGAAGCAUUUCCCUCCUCUCUCCUGGAGACUAUCUCUAAACUUGACCCAGCGAGCAUUUUUCUGAGUUAUGUCAAUCCUAAUGCGGACGCUGGGGCCCUUCGAAACAAUCCUCUGCCUGAGCCGACUGAAAAUGAACAACAAGCCCUGCGGCCGGUGCUUAGGCGCUGUCUGGCUGGCAAGAAGAUUCUCAACCUAUCCGGGGGCGCGGAUAAACUGGUUCCCUACCACCGUGGGGAAGUUUUCCUGACCUGGUUGAAGAAAGCUAUUGCUCCAGAUGGUUGGUUUGCAGAUGGUGCUGUUACAUUUGAAGACAUCAUUGAUGAGAAAGCUGGCCACGAGGUCACUCCGAAAAUGGUGGACGAAGCAGUUCGGUUCAUAACUGAGACGCUUGCCUCCAGUGAUGACGCCAAAAAGAGUUCGUAUGUCCGCGAAUCCAAAAUAUAA